AAAGGCAAAUGAACUAGAAAAUAAAUAAUAAAAUAAAAAUGAAUAACAAUACGAAAUAAGUACAAGAACAGAUGAAAAUAAUUAAUUCAAACAUAGAAAACAUAAUAGAGAAGAAAUGAUAAAAAAAAAGGAAACCCGGUUUUUUUAACACAAUACAAUCGCAAUUGCUUACAUACACGCACAUACAGACACUCUAUGAACUCACACACGCACAUCUACUCUUGUGAGCACCUCUGACAUACUGAGCUGACACAGUAUUUUAAGAUUGACAAAUUUACCACAGUCGUCUCGUAGUCAGCGAGAAGGUAUCCUCCUACUGAACAAACAUCGCCGGAAAGCUUGAAAUAAAUCUAGUAAAUACGAGCAGUAGUGCCAAGUCUAGAACUUCAAUCCUGGUGGAUUGAUUCCAUCACAAAGAACCUAAUCAUAUGAGUUAUUCCCAUUUCACCAAAAAAAUAAUUAAGAAAAAACCUGAUUUUUUUUUUAGAAAUGAAAAACUGAAGCGAACUAUCCGGUGCAGCUCCCGUAAAAAAAAGAGAACUUUCCCUAAAAAAAAGAAGAAGAAUAGAACUAUCUAGUGCAGCGAUGUAUGGUGGCGGCACGUUCUAAUUUGGAGGUAGCCGGCGCCCGUCUCCGCAUCCUUUGGUUCGCCCCCGAUCGGGUAGAGCGUGCGCGUGACACGGCGCGGCGGUGACACGAAAUUCCUCCGUUUUCCGGAAGCGGAACAGACCGCCGCGCAGAAGAAACAAACCACCCCACCGACCGUAGCCUCUCCGGGAGGUGGCGCUGCGGCGCACGGCGAGAAAAGCGACCAAACCCCUCGCAGUCUCAGAAAAAGCGUCCGAGAAAAGCAGAAGCCAGGCGAUCGAGUGAGGACCGAGGAGCCAAAAUCCAGAGCCUCCGCAUCACACGGGAGCCGAGGCCGAUCGAUGGCACGACGGAAGCCGCCGGCGCAGCAUGGAGCCCGGAGCGAGGACGGCCAGGCCCAGGCGACGGCGCCGCCGCUGAAGCGGGGGCCGUGGACGGCGGAGGAGGACGAGGUGCUGGCGCGGUUCGUGGCGCGGGAGGGGGAGGGGCGGUGGCGCACGCUGCCACGGCGGGCGGGCCUGCUGCGCUGCGGCAAGAGCUGCCGCCUGCGGUGGAUGAACUACCUCCGGCCGGACAUCAAGCGCGGCCCCAUCGCCGAGGACGAGGAGGACCUCAUCCUCCGCCUCCACCGCGUCCUCGGCAACCGGUGGUCGCUGAUCGCCGGGAGGCUGCCGGGGCGCACGGACAACGAGAUCAAGAACUACUGGAACUCGCACCUCAGCAAGAAGCUCAUCGCCCAGGGCCUCGACCCGCGGACGCACAUGCCGCUCGCCGCUGCUCCCGGCAGGGCGGCAGCUCCUACCGACAAGACGACGUGGGCGCCGACGGUCAGACCGCCGCAACCUCCGCCUCCGCCCCCGCCAGUGCCGCCGACCUCGUCUGCCGCUGGAACUGGAUGCGACGGCCGUGACAGCCCAGCCGGCGGAGGCAAUGACGACCUCGCCGCGGCGAUGAGCGUCGACGCCCAUGACUUCGAAGGUUUCGGUGAUCAGCUUCUCGCCGACUACGCUGCUUCCCGCGGAGUCUUCAACGACGUCAUGGGGAGUCCAAUGGUGGACGACGAUACCUUCAGCUCGUUCCUCGAUUCCUUGAUGAAUGAGCGCCAGUUGGCUGCUGAUCACAAGGGUGUGAUGAACGAUCAGGGCGGCGCUAUCUAGCUGAUGCAGAUUUACAAAUGCACUGUCAUCCUGAGCAGCGAAUAAGUUGAUUGAUGAUGAGCAGAUACAAACUGCGUACACAUGAAUUGCUUAAUGUGAUGAAGGGAUCUGGUGACGUUUGUUUGUGUGAUGAAAAUCAGUACUACGAGGAUGUAAUGUAUGGAUUGCACAGACAUAAGAUUUGUAGAUGGUGCGAAUUAAUCAAUGUGUUCACCUGCUA